GUUUUUCUGCAGGCCUUUCCAUGUGGAGCACCGUAAUAUUGUAGAGGAAGAUGCGCAGGAGAGAGUGUCAGCAGAGGCCUCCGUGAUGAACAGCCGAUUGCACUACUACAGCCGGCUCACAGGCUCUUCCGACAGGCUGCUGGUUCCUCCAGAUCACGUGAUCCCUGCACCAGAGGAGAUCUAUGUUUACAGCCCUUUAGGCACUGCCUUUAAAGUGCAGGGGAAUGUCGACGGGUCUGGGACAAACCCCAGUAUUGUCACCAUUUUUGCUAUUUGGAAUACAAUGAUGGGGACAUCUAUUCUGAGUAUACCAUGGGGAUUAAAGCAGGCUGGAUUCACACUUGGCAUUCUUUUAAUUAUUUCAAUGGGCAUGCUGACACUUUACUGCUGUUACAGAGUGUUAAAAUCCCGAACAUCAAUAUCUUUCAUAGAUACCUCAGACUGGGAAUUUCCUGAUGUUUGCAAAUAUUAUUUUGGUUCAUUUGGCCGGUGGUCUAGCCUAGUUUUCUCCAUGGUUUCUCUGAUUGGAGCCAUGGUGGUUUACUGGGUCCUCAUGUCCAACUUCAUGUACAAUACAGGAAGGUUUAUUUUCAAUUAUGCCCAUAAUGUCAGUGUGGCUGAUUCUGAGUUUGAAACAAAUGGAACUGAGAGAGUGAUUUGCCCAUACCGUGAUGCAGAGCACCAUGCAAAUUGCAGCGGUGACGCGUUUUUUUCGAAUGACAACAGCACGGUUACAGUGCUAUUUGACAAGUGGUGGAAUAAAACGAACACUGUACCCUUUUACUUAAUCUUUCUCCUCUUGCCCUUGUUAAACUUCAAAUCGGCAUCUUUCUUCGCAAGAUUUACCUUUCUUGGGACGAUAUCAGUGAUCUACUUGAUCAUUCUGGUAACCCUGAAAGCAGCACACCUGGGAUUUCACCUGGAGUUCCACUGGUCUGACUCAACACAGUUCUUUGUACCAGAGUUCAGGCUGCUGUUCCCACAGCUGACAGGAGUCCUUACACUUGCAUUCUUCAUUCACAACUGUGUGAUCACACUCCUGAGGAACAACAAGAACCAGGAAAACAAUGUUAGGGAUUUGUCGAUUGCUUACGUCUUGGUUGGACUGACCUACCUGUAUGUGGGAAUUCUGAUCUUUGCGUCCUUUCCCUCCCCUCCACUGUCUAAAGAGUGCAUCGAGCCGAAUUUUCUGGACAACUUCCCCAGCAGUGACAUUAUGGUCUUCGUCGCACGGGCCUUCCUGCUGUUCCAGAUGACCACGGUGUACCCACUGCUCGGCUACCUCGUCAGGGUGCAGAUGAUGGGACAGAUCUUUGGCAAGAACUACCCAAGUUUCUUUCAUGUGUUUGCUCUGAAUGUAAUGAUUGUGGCAGCAGGAGUUCUUAUGGCAAAGUUUUAUCCCAACAUUGGCUCCAUCAUCAGAUACUCUGGAGCAACAUGUGGCCUGGCCUAUGUGUUCGUAUUCCCCUCGGUCAUCCACAUGAUUUCCCUGCACCGCAGUGGAAAGCUACGCUGGCCCUCAGCUGUCUUCCACAGUCUGCUCAUCCUGCUGGGCAUCGCUAACCUGGUCGCACAGUUCUUGAUGUAAACUGCACCACCACAGACCCCAGACAGUGACACAACCCGGGGCCUGACCUGUUGGCAGAAUCGCACCCUGUAGGACAUUGUGAAGCUUUGUUAACCUAAAUCAUCUUUUGAAUACAUUAUAUGUACAGAAUAUGUAGUUUGUAUGUUAGAAUGUGUGUAUGUUUAUAUAUUUAUAUAUGCCGGCACAUACUGUAAAGCCUUUAAAUGUCUCCAGUGUUAAUUUGCAGUAAUUUCCACUCAUUCCGAUGUUUCAAAACCACUUAAUUAAGGCAUAUUAAUGAAAAACGAUGAUUCACAAUGGAUCAUCUGUCCUACAGCACACUCAACCUUUUCCAUCCCUAGUACACAUAGAGAUAAGAUUUUGCAGCACAUGUCCCUGCUCCCUGCACGCACUGCUCACCGGUCUGAGCUCAUUGUUAUUAACACCUCUUUCAAAGUUAAGUCUGAGUUUGCCUCGAAGGGCAUAGUUACAGGAAUUGCCAACACUGAAACAUGAAGCUCAUUUUCAGCUUCUCUUCAGUUUUUUUAUGUCCGUCCUGCUUGAAACACUGAACUCUUAUCCCACUCAAUUCCCACAUGAACAUGCUUCUUAAAGCAGGACCUGUCUUUUGUGUGUACACACACCGAGCAUGCAACACAUGGCUUUAAUUAUGCCACAAAACUUACAUGUAGAGAAAACAUUUCAUUCCAUUGUUAAAUCUCUUAUGUGGAUAACCAACAUGUUGCAGUUGUAGAACAGAGCUGCAUCCGCCAUUUUUAGGGCUCAUAUAAAACUGAUUGGUCAAAAAAGUGUUCAUAACUGAAAACCAUAUCUACCUGGUUUGGAGAUAGAUACAUGUACAGCAAUCAAACCAUUGAUCAUCAGUGACUCCUAUGUCUGCCGACUCACAUGUAUCUUACCUUCCUUAAACUCCAUUCUUGCGACUGCUGACAGACACACGCACAGACACACGCGUCUGGUAUAUGUUGGCUAUGAAUGCUGGGCCAGAGUGCCUGAGCAGUAGGUCUCUUUGAAGUGUAAUGUCUCCCAACAAGAGGAACUAGGAGUCUGUGUAUUAUUUAGGAUUUUACAGUAGCCUUUCACUUUCACAUUAACUACCUCAGUGCAGUGUGAGUGAAGCUGCAGGUCUUACUGUUCUUCAAGAGGACAGCUGACGAUUCCAAACUGAUAUAAUUGUAUAGAUUAAAGUGACUGUGGUGUCCUGAUGUCAACACUUCAGAAUCCCAAGUCCAUUAGUUUUGAGGGGGAGAUGCUAAAUAAGCUAAUAAAAGGGUGUGCGUUUUGUUUUUUAGCUGUGACUUUUAGGUCCAGAGACUUAGGAAUGGUACAAUUCACACGUUAACACUAUACGGUUGUAGGGAUGUUUAAGUAUAGGCUUGUCUUGUUCAGUUACAACACAUUAAUUGCAAAAAUGCACCUUAAUUUAACAAUUCCGAUUGACAAAGGGAUAUUUUAAUUAUGGUCUGAAGCCUAAAAGGAUUCUAGUGUUACUACACUUAAUACAUUUGUAUUUUUCCAUUUAUGAAGUUUCUUUAAUCAUAAAGAAAACAUGUUGUGCUUUGUAAAUGUUCCUGCAAUUUUUAAUAUUUAUUAUUUUGAAAAUUGAAAUUAAGAAUGACCUGUUUUUAUGUUCAUUUUAACAGUUCUCUAAAAAGCAAUGAAACUAAUCCAGAAAUUCAUAAUUUCAUAUUUUGUAGAUUGUUCUAAACCUAAUCUAACAAAUGUAUUCCUGGUAGUAAUUUGUUAGAUUUAAAUUAAAAUGAUAUCUGGCAUUUUACUUUAAAAGGUGUAUGUAUUUUUUUAAAGUUUAGCUCGUAAGUAUAAAUUGGGUUUUUAAUGUGGUCUGUCGUACACAUUGUGCAGCAACAAGUAGAAGUAAACAAAUACAAAUACUUGAAAUACAAGCUCUGUUCUUAUUUCUAUGUGUAAGAGGAUAAUAUUCCCUGAACUAUAGUUUUAAAUUCAAGUUUCAAGUUUUCAAGUUUAAUUGGAACAACUAUUGUUAACAGGUGCAAUUAAGGGGCUUUAUAAACUUAAACAUCUAUUGCUGUAUCAGAUGCUUUUUUACUGUACCUACUGUAUUCAGUCAGGUUGAUUUUACAAGUCAAAAGUGACAUUUUAUUAAAAUACUUCUCUGUUCAAGAAAUGUAUACAGGUGAGUACAUAACUGUUUUAAAAUUAAUCCAACAUCAAUCUUUUUUUUUCAGUAGCAUAUUGGAUUUUCUGAUGAUUUGAAGAUCCAAUAAUAUGGUAAAAGUUCUUGAGAGAAACAGUAUGAUGUCAUAAAAGUUCCUUCAGAAUAUAAAGCCAAGUCUGUUCUUCUGUUUAUUACACAUUUAAAUAUUUAUGUACAAAUUAUAUAUUGACAAACAUGAGUGCAGUAAUGUUACUGAAAUGACUGCCUUAUACCUAAUGAUUAACACAUUAGAUAUAACACUAGCUUUACUCUGUAAACCAGGAAUUCCCAAUCCAGGUCUUUGCCUCCAGUGUUUUUUAUUUAAUUAUUUGAUUGUAUCCAGGUUUAAUAAUU